CAAGUAGUAAAACCAGUCAGAAUAUUUAGAACUUCCCCCCUCUGCAAGACGUUCACAGGCAUUUAUCUUUUCUACAGAAGUAAACUUAUCAUCAGCUGUAGUUGCACAUAGUCAUGGAUUUUGAACCUGGCCAUGGAGACAACAAUGGAAACCUUAAGCCUGACCCAGUCCCCGCAGGAGGCCUUUUGCCUUUUGAACCCAAACCCACCAAUCCUGAUUCAACCGAGGGUGGCAGUGGUGGCCCAGAGAGUCCCAAACCAAGAAAGAUUGUAGCCUUCACAGCCAAACUAAACAUCCGUGACAGCUACCCAACUCACAGCAGUAUCCUGAAGUUUGCCAACGUCCUGGUCAAUGAGGGAGAUGGCUAUAGUACUCACACAGGAAAAUUCACCUGCCCGCUAGCUGGCUUGUACCACUUCACACUGCAUAUGUCCACCUACGGACGCGCCCAGUGUAGUAUCUUAAAGAAUGGCCAGCGGGUUGUCUCAGCAUACCACACCAGCCUGCCAGACAAGUGUUGCCAGGUAGUCAGCAUUGGUAGUGUGAUUGAGCUCACUGAAAGAGACCAGGUUUGGGUUAAUCUGUGGGGACCUACAAGACAUGACAUUUUUGCUACUGAAGAUAAUGACACUGUGUUUGUUGGGUUUCUUUUGGCAUAAUAACUUCAUUGCAUAUUAAGAAGGUGUCCUGGUAUGUAUGUAUGCAGUGCCCAUUUACUUGGUUUCAACUCAUCAGUGGUGUAAUUAAAUUGCCAAUGUAUUGUAUCGGUUAACAUCAAUAACACAUUUUUUUUCUUUCUGAGAAUAAUAAACACGGGAUGACAAAAAUGAA